UUUGAUUUAAAAUUACUACACCGGAUCUCCGCUUGCAUCGGCCGUCGUCGUCGCAGUCGACGUCUCGCCCGACAUUCCGUGACAGCGCGUCAGCAUGCUCGCACUAGUACGCCUCCUCUCGCCGCUGCUGCUCCUCGCCGUUGCCGCUGCAGGCGCCAAGUCGUGCGCCGAAUGCGCGGGCAAGACGUGCCUCCUGGAAGGCACCACGAACCUCACGGGCGGCGCCACGUCGGUAGCCCUCUCACUCUGCUACUAUGACGCAUCGAGUGCACCGAAGAUUACUUUUUCGUUGAGUGCAACGCCGUCGUGCGACGCCAAGCGCGUCCUGUUGCCGCAGGUCAAGUCGCUGGCGACCAACACGACGGCCUCGGGCCUUUGCACCAAGACAAGCGCCGAUCCGUGCCCGCUUGUCGCUACGCUGCAGUCGCCGAUCGACUGGGCGAUCGCGCUGCAGGCCAAGUCGGUGGUCAACACGCUGCUUGCGGCCAUCGACCAGUCGUCCGAAGUUGUCAAAGUGGCCACCUUCUCGACCGAGACGGCACCGACCGUGACAUCGGCCGAGACGGCCGUCACGGCCUGUGGCAUGAGCAUCCCCGUGUCUGGCACCCGCUUCUCGACCCUCGACGCGUGCAAUGUAGUGCGCGUGUGCCGGGGGCCACUCGGCGCGUCGACGUGCGUCGUCUCAGAACCCAACGAGAUCUUGCGCAACGUCACCGCCUCGUCCGCGGGUCAGACCGCUUUUCUCUCGAUGACCAAGCCCUUUGGCUGCGACGCCAUUGCGACCAACUCGUUCGUGUACGUCCAACUCACGGUCGGCGACGCCGACACGAGCGGCAUGACCAAAGUCGCCAAGGUUGGAGCGCUCUCGACGACCAGCCGCUUCACCGUGUACCCACCGGCGGUCGGUGCAACGACGUUGGAGCUGAGAGGCGACGUGUGCACCGGCACGGAUGUUUCGUUUUCGCUGUCGCCCAAUGCAACGAGUCUGCCGGCGUCAACUGCAUCGACCGGCAACACGACGCUGACGCUCGCCUCGCCAUGGGCGGCAUCAAGCACCGCAUCGCUCAACUAUACGCUCUGCGGCGUCUCAAUCUCGCGCAGCAUCGACAGCGGAAGCAGCAUGCGCAUCACGCCGUCCGCCAACACCGUACCGUCGACGAGCCUGCUUGCCAACGUCGCGGUCACGGGCGCCGGGUUUUCCAAAGGCAGCGUCAACUGCAGUGUCGUGGCUUCCAAGGGCACGGACGCGGUUACCUUUACGACCUGCUCGUGCACGGCCAUGUCGACGACCAACCUCACGCUCUCGUGCCCCAACAGUCUUGUCAACUACAGCGGGUACACGCUCGGUCUGGUGCUGGGGAGUGGCGCGACGCCCGUGACGAUUGGGUCCGUCUGUGAUGCGGCGCAGUGUGCGAGUUCGAUCAUCACGGGCGCGCCUCAGGGAGACCAAACAGCGGGUCUCUCGGGCGGCUGGAUCGCCGGUAUUUGCAUCGUUGUCGUCGCGAUCCUCGGCUUCGUCCUCGAGUGCACCCUCCAUCGCAAGCGCUUCCUCCGCGACCAGCAGGCGAACCGGACGCAGUACGUCGAGACCCACAACGCCGCAUGAGACGCUAACUUGCUAUAUCUAUAUACACUGCCAUUUUUCCGCUCCUUUUGACGAGUUGUGCUCAUUUGCGACUCGACCGGAGCUUCUCGGCGCGGGCUUUGGCCAAGUCUUUCUUCAGCGCAUAGCGCUUGGCGGCCGAGAGCCCCGGGUCUUCGAGCUGCGCCUCGAGGGCUGCGAUUGGUCCGUCGUACGGCGACGCCUCGGGCUCCCGCGGCGUCGUCGUCCGCGUCACCGCUGCUGGGCUUGCAGCGGGCGGUGAAGUGCGUUGAAGGUGGUCGUGCACGGGCGACGGCGGUGGCGGAUCGCCUUGCGCGUUGCAGUCGCGCGUCGCAAGAAUCUGUGCAAUCUCUUCGGGCAGCAGCUUGUUUUUGAGGUAACUCAUGAUUUCGUCCGUGCCCU